AUGAUUCAACUUCGAUCCAUCUCCAUCAUAUUAGCAGGCCUCAGUGCCGUCAAAGCAGUUCCAAUCUCAGAUGCCCAAACACCCCCUUGCGACCUCUCAAGUACCAGCUGUGGUCCAGUGCCAGGCGAGUCGGACAUAUACAACGACUACGCCGGCAAAGCAGCCCCAUUCCCAGGCAACUCAACUGGAGCAAUCAAGUCGACCACACCGGAAGAUGAUCCAGGAGCAGAUGAUCUACUCUUCCAGAACCUGUUGGCUGCCGAAUGGGUCAUCUACUCCUUCUACCAGACCGCCGUGGAGACGUUCAACGCAUCCUCCUUCAUCGCCAUCGGCCUACCGAACAACACGUACGAACGUAUAACGGAAAUCCGAGACAAUGAGGCAGGCCAUCUGCGUAUUUUCCAGGAUUCGAUAUCUUCAAGCUCGGUUAAGCCCGGACCGUGCAAAUAUGAGUACAACCUCACAACCCCCGAAUUCUUCCUGGCUCUCCAGCAAGUGAUCGAAAUCACCAGCGAGGCCUUUCUCACAGGGCUCGUACUACAGGCCAAGCUAGACAAGACAAAGUCCGCCAUGGUGGCCAUCGGCGGAAUUGAAUCCCGCCACAGCGCCUGGGCGUUGAUCGACGUCUGGGGAGCCGAUCCCUUCACCGGUCCAGCCGAGACUAUCUUCCCGUACGCGAACGAGAUCUUGGAUGUAACAAACCAGUUCGUCGUGCCGGGUAGCUGUCCCAAGGAGAAUCCUGUUUAUCCCAGACCGAGUCAACACCUGCCGCGGAUGAACUUUGAAAGCGACUCGACUACGGCUAGACCAGGAGCAGAUAUCACGUUCACAUUCACUAAAAAUCCGCAGUACCAGAAUGACAAGGAGUACUAUGCUGUAUUCUACCAUGGAUUGCAGAAGGUGUCUGUUCCAUUCGAUGUCAAGACAAACCGCACCACCAUCCCAGCAGCUUUCGAUAGCAAGGGCUUGAUUCUUGUUGUCAUCGCCGAUACACCUGGUGCACCUUACACGGAUACUGUUGUCGCUGGUCCUCUUACAUUGCUUGAGCAGCCGUCGCAAAUAACGCUUGCCUUCGGCAAUUGA